AAAAGGGUCUAUCCUAUAAGGAGAAGAAGAGCAAAAUAAACAUCUCUGAAAAUACUCCUCAAAUAGAAGAUCAUUGACUUUGUCUGCCCCCUCCAGAAUGUGGCUCCAGGCGUCUCUCCUGUGUCUGUCCUGCUUAACUCUGUCGAGCCAAAGCCAGGGCGAAGAUCAAGCCUCCCUCCACCUCUCCAACGACCCUACUGGACGCUGCCAAUACACCUUCACCGUGGCCAGUCCAGGGGAGUCGACCUGCCCUGGAAGCAGCGUGAAACCAGUGAUGGAUGGAGUCUUGCCCCGGCUCACCCUGUUGGAGGCUUUGGUCAGCCGGCUCAUAGGAGGAUCGGACGGAGGCACCGGGACUGGGAUAAAGUCUGAUGGUGAAGAAGGUCUCCAGGAAGCUUAUGCCCAGGCUACAGGGGAAAGAAACCAGCUGCAGCAGGACAAGGAGCGCCUGAACAGGCAGAUCCAGGAGCUGCAGAGGAGGGUGAGCGAGUUGAGCCAGGAGGCAGAGAGUCUCCGGCAGAAGCCCUGCCAGCAAACACACACUUCAGGGGGGACUCAGCGUGAAAGCAGACCUGCCAGUGACCCUGGAUAUGGUUUUGUGAGUGGGGCAUACCAGGAGAUGAAGGCUGAGGUGACAGAGGUUCCGGCAUCCCACCUCAUUCCUGAAGGAAAUCACAACCUCACAAACUGUGGAGAGCUGCUGUCAGUGGGAGAUCCUGUGUUGCACAGGAAGGCUGACAGUAUCACAGGCAAAUAUGGAGUGUGGCUUCAGGAUCCCGAGCCUCAGGGUCCUCAUUACACCAACAAGACUGUGUGGCGUAUUGAUGCAGUGGGCAAAGAUGUCCGUCAGCUCUUUGCGUAUGAAGAUAUGGAUCAAUUUUCCCGAGGCUUCCCUAUGAAGGUCCUGGUCCUGCCGGAGCCUGUUGAAAGCACAGGGGCAACCAUGUACCGCGGCUCCCUCUACUACCAGCGCAAACGCAGCCGUACGCUGAUCCGCUACGACCUGGCCUCUGAGAGCCUGGCAUCACGUCUGGACCUGCCUCACGCCAGCUUCCAUGGCCAGCACCCUUACUCCUGGGGAGGCUACACCGACAUUGACUUGGCAGUGGACGAACAAGGCUUGUGGGCUAUCUACAGCACGAGCAAGGCAAAAGGUGCCAUUGUGAUUUCCCAACUGGACCCCGAGAGCCUGGAAGUGAAGAGGAGCUGGGAGACCAACAUCAGGAAGAACACAGUGGCCAAUGCUUUCAUGGUGUGCGGACAUCUGUACACGGUGGCCAGCUACACCGCACCCAACACCACCAUCAACUAUGUGUUUGACACAGCCACCGGCACGGGGCGGGCAGUCGCUGUACCCUUCAAGAACAAGUACCGUUACAACAGCAUGUUGGACUAUAACCAGGCCCAGAGGAAGCUUUAUGCCUGGGACAACUUCCACAUGGUCACCUAUGACAUCAGACUGGACGGGGCCAGCCGUGGCAGCAGCUAA